UCAGACGUCAAUCACAAAGCUAUAUCCCACCCAAGCCACCAAUUCCUCACCAACAAACAAAGCCGCAUAUUCCACACCCAAUCUCCACCGUCCACUCCAAAUCCAACGCCCCACAAUCAAAUCACAUCACAUGCUGUCACUCUAUUAAUCCCAAACACCGCCACAUCACCAGAUCCAACUCCCUCCCACCAUGGCCUCCGUAGCACUCACCACCACCGCACUCCCCUACCUCCGCCUCCGCCGCAACACCGCCGCCACCCUCAAACCCAACCGCCACUCUUCCAUUUCACUCUCCUCACUCAAACCAACCCUCAACGCUUCAAUUUCCUCCUUCCCAAAUUUCUCACUAAAAAAACCAAGCCUAGUUUUCAAUCAAAAACCCUCCUCUCUAACCGUCAGAGCCUCCGCAGCCUCCAUCACUCCGGCGCCGGCGCCUUCAUCGGCGCCGGUACAGCCAUGGCAAGGCGCUUCCAUAAAGCCGCUAAUAGCCUCCAUCGCGACGGGAGUAAUCCUCUGGUUCUCACCCGUUCCCGCCGGCGUGAACCGCAACGCGUGGCAACUGCUCGCGAUUUUCUUAGGCACAAUCGUCGGCAUAAUAACACAACCCUUACCUCUUGGAGCGGUAGCAAUAUUAGGGUUAGGUGUUUCCGUUCUCACCAAAACGCUACCCUUCGCCGCCGCAUUCUCCGGCUUCGGCGAUCCCAUCCCCUGGCUCAUCGCCCUCGCUUUCUUCUUCGCCAAGGGUUUUAUCAAAACCGGCCUCGGAAACCGCGUCGCGUACCAAUUCGUUAAACUCUUCGGCAGCUCCUCGUUAGGGUUAGGUUACAGCUUGGUCUUCAGCGAGGCGCUUCUUGCGCCGGCGAUUCCCUCGGUGUCGGCGAGGGCGGGGGGAAUUUUCCUGCCGCUGGUGAAGGCGCUGUGCGUGGCUUGCGGGAGCAACGCCGGCGACGGGACGGAGCACAGGUUGGGGGCGUGGCUCAUGCUCACGUGCUUUCAGACCUCCGUCAUUACGUCGGCGAUGUUCUUGACGGCGAUGGCGGCGAAUCCGCUGUGCGCGACUCUUACUCUGAAUUCCAUUAAUCAAACUAUUGGGUGGUUGGAUUGGGCUAAAGCCGCAAUUGUUCCUGGCUUGGCGUCGUUGGUGUUGGUGCCGUUGAUUUUGUAUGUUAUAUAUCCGCCGACAUUGAAGAGUAGUCCUGAUGCUCCUAAGCUUGCGAAGGAGAAGUUGGAGAAGAUGGGGCCCAUGACGACCAAUGAGAAGAUCAUGACUGCUACUUUGUUUCUCACGGUGGGACUUUGGGUAUUUGGAGGGCUUCUUAAUGUUGAUGCUGUAUCUGCUGCAAUUCUUGGAUUAUCUGUACUUCUUGUCACUGGGGUUGUAACAUGGAAGGAGUGCUUAGCUGAAGGAGUUGCCUGGGAUACCCUCACAUGGUUUGCUGCCCUCAUAGCAAUGGCUGGGUAUUUGAACAAAUAUGGUCUCAUUUCUUGGUUCAGUCAAACUGUAGUCAAGUUUGUCGGUGGAUUGGGUCUAUCAUGGCAAUUAUCUUUUGGAAUUCUAGUCCUUCUCUACUUUUACUCUCAUUACUUCUUUGCAAGUGGAGCUGCUCAUAUUGGUGCCAUGUUUACUGCAUUUUUGUCUGUUGCCACUGCUCUGGGGACUCCGCCAUUCUUUGGAGCCAUAGUGCUGUCCUUCCUCUCCAACCUUAUGGGUGGCCUUACGCAUUAUGGAAUUGGAUCAGCUCCUGUGUUUUUCGGUGCCAACUAUGUUCCCCUUGCUAAAUGGUGGGGCUACGGAUUCCUCAUUAGUAUUGUUAACAUUAUAAUCUGGCUUGGACUUGGAGGAGUUUGGUGGAAAUUCAUUGGCUUGUGGUAAGAGGCCAAUUAUUUAAAUUUGCCUACACAGAAUUUCUAAUUUAAGAUUUUUGUAUACAUUCGUGUAUGAAUCCUCCUUAUUACCAGCAGUUGAAGCAAUCUGCUUUUCUUUUUCCCAUUCUUUCUAUAAUAAUCUUCGGGAGGUUUUGAUGGAGAUUUAGGUGGGCCUGGAUACAGUUGGUCGUUUUAGAUCCCGGGUAGAAUAUUUACAUUAUUAUUUAUAUAUGAAAUGUAAGGACAUCCUGCCAUUCAGGAUAUGUUGCAGUUGUAUGCCUUGAAUGGGCUUUUACAUAAAUUUUGCUGAGCAAGUGUUAGAUUCUUGUGCGGGAUGGCAAUAUUGUGAAUUUUAGAUAUUGCAUUCAUAUAACUGAAAUUUGGCGGUUAUCA